CGAUUUCGUGCAUUUGAAUUUAACAGCAGUUUUAAUUAGGUUGGCAUGUCCGCACCGCGCGUCCCUUGCAAAAAGAAUUCCUGUACAGAAAACCGGGCUGUUUGUGCGUAUGAAAAAUACAUAAUAGAGUGCGUAAAAACGUUUAUUGAAGAGAAAAAGUGUUCUAUUAUUGUUGUGCGUACAUGUAUGCCAGUGUUUGUGGUAUUUCUAUGUGCGCUACAAAAGUCUAGCUUCAGUUGUCGCUUGCGGCUUCCUUUUUUCUCUCUGUCUUUUACUUCUGCACCAAGCGAAAGUUGCAGCCGCCGACGACGAGACUCACACCGCCGCCCACAAACGUAGAGGUUUUUUUUUUAGCAGCUGCAUUUGCAAUUAAUUGAAUGCUAAAUGUAUAAUGUCGCUGGAUGGCGCGCAAUUGAAUCAUGUGAAUGCUGAUGGCAUUUCAGUGGCAUACCCAGCCAAAGGACGCAAGUUCAAUGUAGGCUCUUUUCUGGGCUCCGAUUUGAUGCUGCCCGAUGCCGAGCGCGUUCACUGCGAGAUACAAUGCGACGCCUUUGGCAGGGUAACCAUCUACAAUUAUUCAGUCAACGAGCCCAUCCUGUUGAAUGAUCAGGUUGUGCCGGCGACCGCCAAGCGUCCAUUGAUGCACGGCGCACGCCUUAAAAUACUGAAUGAAUUGUAUACAUGGCAUUUUCCCAAAGUGGAAGACGCGCCCAACACACCGGACCGCACGCCACCCGAACAAGCGGCCAACUCAUCGCCAAGCUUGAAAACUCAUCGAGCACGUCGUCAAUUUGAGAAUCGCUUCACCGUGCACAACUUUCGAUAUUCCAUCAAUUCAGACGAUGAGGGUAAUACAUCGAUUGAAACGCCCCCAUUGGAGACCAGCACGAGCAGCAAUGCAGAAACAGAUCCGACAGCUGAAGCAGAAGUGGAACGCUGUGUUACGCCAUCCGUCCAAGAAGUGGACGAGUCACUGCCCAAAGUCGAUUUAGUGAAGGCAACUCAGAACAAGGAGAACACCAGGACGCCUUGUAACAAGCUGAUUCUAGAGUUGUGCGACCGCUCCGAUGUUGUCAUCACAUCGUUUUCUCCACGUGAAACGGGCGUAAAAAUUGAGAAAUCCUUUACGCGCGUCAUCAAGCCCAGCACAGGACUCGGAGUUGGAUUGCUCUCAGCGGCAAAUACGCCGAAGAGCGUUUACAGUACGCCGAAGAGUGUGCUGUCCGAACAGAACGAUGACAGCUGCAGCCGCGACCUAAUGGACUUCAGUACGCCAUCCACGUCGAAAAAGGCGCUGUCUGGCAAACGACAAUCUUCCAUGUAUUUAAUUGACCUAACAACGCCGCAACGAUUGCGGCCCACAUUGUCGGCGACGCCCAAGCAGACGCCCGCCAGUGCUGGCGUCAUCAGUGUGGCCUCCACUGAUGAGUCCUCUGACUCGCCGAUGGUCAUAGACAUCACCAAUUUGUCCACGCCGUCAACCUCGUCGGCAACUAUAUCCAAGCAGGACCAACAGUCACGUCUGACUGCCAAAACGCCCAAGGAGCAGAAGCUGGUUGCCAGCUCCACGCCCAGGCGCACGCCACAGUCGCUUAUGAAACGUGCACUGCUCACCAGUGCCAAGAAGCAAUUGCCUGAAGCAAGUAAGAGCAAGCACACGACGCCCGCUCGUCAAUCGCUACUCGAUGCACGUCGUCAGUGCUUGACGGCGCCUCGACGCCUGCCCUUCCAUCCGCAACCGCAAUGGCGCACACCGGGUCGUCGCCAAAUGGCCAACACUCCAGUCAAGGCUCCCUUGACAACGCCGCGGAAACGUCAAUCGUCCGUCUGUCUGAGCAGUCCGCGCGACAACAAAAUCUCGCAGCUGCGCAAAUCACUAGCCGCCGCCGCCAAGGUGAGUCCAAGCGUCGGCAUGAGCAACAAGCUGGUGGCUAAGGCCCGUCGUGCUCUCAACUCGCCCAAGCAGAAUUCCCCGCAACGCAUCGAAUCGCCCAAAGUGGAUACACCACGUGAAGAGUCCAACGAGCCAGAUCUUGGGCAGAAUCUGUCUUCUGAGUUGAGCCGCACAUUCACCUUAGAUGACGACAAUGGCAACGUAUCCUCAGCAGCAGCUCUAGAAGCAAUGGCUUCCUUAAUAAAUGAUGAUGAAAUGCCUGCCCUGGCACGCAGCAAACAGUUAAAUUCAUCCCUGAAUGAAGUGAAGCCCAACGACACGACUCAAAAAGAACUGGAUGAGAGCAACAAUAUAUUUUCGCCCAAUGACGAUGCUAAAGAGGAUGAGAUUGAUUCAACCCAAGAAGGCAACCAAAAUCGAACCUUUGAUGCGAAUGUGUCUCAGGAGCUGAAGAAUGAGAGCAUUGAAUCCCCGAAAGCAUCGCCUACAAAUGAGAGUUUAAAGAAUCGUGAAGAUGCAGAAAUUGUUAAGAGUGUUGUACUGCAGGAAACAGCUUCCGAAUUCUCAAAGGACUCAGCUGCAGUUGAUAUCAUUGAGGAUAACAUCUGCGAGGAAGUGACGCCAACAACCACAUAUCAAGAAGGAGAAGCCGUUGAUAACUUGGCCGAGGACUCCAUAUGCGAGGAGGUAUGCAUUAGCCCGCAGGAUGACUCAAAAGCUGAAGUUCCUGAAGCCUCUCCAGAGGACGAUGUGAAUGAAUUAGCGCAGUCCAGCCAAACUCCAUUAACAAAGCGCGUCACACGACGCUCUUCAAUGGAAUCUAAGCCAGUCGCAGUGACGCCCAGACGCAGUGUGCGCCGAGCAUCCAUUGAGGCAAGUAAUAAACUGGAUGAGCAGUUAGCCAGGCCAAAGCGUCGUGCAUCAUGCUCCUCGACCUUGGAACACGAAGCCGCUGCACUGGCCACGACCACGCCCAAACGCAAGCGACGCCUUACUGAAGAGUUGUCGACGCCAACACGCAAAUCGGUACGCCGGAUAAGCAACACACCAAAGGCAGUAGCGCAAGUAGACGAGUCUGUGGGCGAUAUGGGCGUUAUAGUGGAGGAGGAGGAUGCCGUGCAGCUAGAAGACAACAAAUUGCCAGCAGAUGAGGACUAUGGCAACGAGCUGCCAUCUGAUGCGAUUGAUGAACCGGACAGAAUUGACUACCAUGGUAUGCGAGAGCUGCUGAAGACACCCAAAAGCUGCAGUACUCCGCGUUUCAAGGGAUUGCGUGAGAUGAUGCAGACUCCCAAGGCACCAGCUUCACCCGUGCUAGACCACAUUGAGGAGCUGUUGGAAGGGGAUUCAAAUGAUGCAAGCGCUACGCCUAAGCGUCAAGUGACCGUAGGCCGCGUGAGCCUGGAGCUAACCCGACCUGAAACGCAGGACUUGUACUUCAAGACGCCGAGUGGUAAGGAUCUAAUGAUACCAAAUGAUCCGGCUAGUGCAGUGCUCAAAUCACGCGAAGAUUCAUUGGCAGCCACUACAGAAUACGAUUUAAAUGCAACAAAUGCAACGGUCCACUUGGACAAGAUCUUUGAUGAUAUGCUCACUGCGGAGACAACAAAUCCAAUCGAGGGCUCCGAGGUCGAGAUAAAUGUGACUACUGUAAGCACUGUCAGCGACACUGUAGCUGAUCCUUUGGCUUCUUCUUUGGGGCCAAGUGACACUGUCAACUCUGAGGCGCUAAUGACAAUUGGCGAUAUGGAUGAGAGUCAUCGAGACCCUCUAACAAGCACUGCAUUUAAACCUGGUGCUCAAGCUGAUGCUAAUGAGCGUCAUUUGGAUACAGGAAAAUCAUCAAGCAUUUGCGAAAUGAGUGGUAUACAGCUGCUCGAUCAGACAUCAGAUUCUAUGUUCUCAGAGCCCCUGAUUGUCACCGGCGUGGACUCAGCUGACGUCACAUUGGAGGAAACAAAAGCAACAGGGACUGUUAAAGCAUGUACACCAAGAAAGAGCAUUCUGGAGGAUUGCUCUGAUACAGAUUCGAUGAUAGGCUUGGCUGAGCCUCUAGUAGUGAGCGACGAUGAAGACGACAUAGAAGAUGAUCCAAAGAAGCCAAAUGUAAACGCAUCUGUUGCUCAGAUAGAAAAUUCUCAGGAUGAACAUAAAACUUCUAAUAGAGAUAGAGCUGAGAGCUCAUCUGUCCAAGUGCAAGACCCGAGCGCAAACACAUCAAUUGCUUUGGAUAAUUCACAGAAAAACGAACAGGAACCUGAACCCUCAAUUAUCGAAGAAUUGUCAAUACAACUUGAAGUAUCCAGUCAAACUAUAUCUCGGAUUGAUUUAGAGGCAACUAACGUCGAUGCAACGUUGGAUAUAUCUAUUGAUAAUAGAAAAUCUACGAUUUAUGCCCUUAAUACUAGCGAAGCUCAAAAGAGUGAGAAGCUGACGACUGGUACAGAAUCUUUCAUGAACGAUUUGAAUGAAGGGCAAGAGGAAUCAACAACUGGGGAAUCUGUGAGCCAUGAAAUAAGUGAAAUUCCCGAAGAAGAUGAAGUUUCCAUGAUUGAGCUAGAGUCCUCAAAUGUAGCUGCAAGUAAUACAACAAUUAAAGACAAUGGAAAUGAAGUGGAAGUUGUCGCUUCUCCUGUAAAAGAAUUGCCAAUCUUGACAAACGAAAAUAAAGAAGCUCUCAACUGUGAGAUGUCCAGCGAAAAUAAGAUUGAAAAGGACCAAACUCUUGAAAUAAUAUCAAACACAGAUAUAAAAUGUGUGAGGAAUGAUAUUACGAAUAAAGCUGAAAUAUCAAAUAAGGAACAAAUAGAACAACUGCAAAUCCCAGAUGCGAAUGUAAACGUUCUGGAAGCUACAACUUCCCCUCUGGAUAUUAUAGACUCGAACGAGACCAAUUUAAAUACUUCAGAUAAGGAAAAUCUUAAAGUGGAACUGAAGGAACUGACAACAAAGUGUGAAGAUGAAAAAGAAAUUAACAAAACUAAAACACCGGAAGACGUGAAAAAUCGGGAUACUCAUUUGGAUGAAUCAGUAAUUGAAAUCGAUGUCUCUGUGCUUGCAGAAAAUGAUGAAGCAGAGAAACAAGUUCCAGAAGUCACUGAAAAGACUCAUACUGUAAAAGAAAGAGAAACAACUGCAACAAUAGGAGACCCAGUUGAAACUCAGAAUUCCGAUGCAGACGAAUCUAUUGUAGAACUUGAUGCCUCUCUGCGAGCAGAGAUUGACGUAGAUCAGCAAUUAGAGGAGCAAUUUCCAGAAAUUAUAAAACCGUCGUCCAUUAAAAAUGAAAUUAAGGAAACUGCAAGAGUUGAAAGCCUGGACUCCAAUGUAGACGAAUCGAUAAUUGAACUUGAUGCAUCUGUGCUAGCAGAAAAUGAUGUAGAUCAACAAUUAGAGGAGCAACUUCCGGAAAUCGUAAAAACGAUGGCUACUGAACGCGAGAUUGAAGCACUAGCAGAAGACAUAGCUAGUGCUCAGGAUAUUGUUCUGGAAGAUUCUAUUAUUGAACUUGAUACGUCUAUGCUCGCAACCGAUAAUGAUGUAAAAGAACUUCCUAUCGAAACGAGUACAACAUCACCUAUUCUUAAGCCAAAAGCAACUGAAGUAGUAGUUGAAACGACAUCAAAAGCUGAAACAAUAUCAACGGAAAUCGCUGAAGAGGAUGAACCGGCGAUGAGUAACUCCGAGUCUUCCGAAUCUAACAAAAAUGAAUCUCUACUGAUUCAAGGAGCUUUUAGCGAAACUGAGUGGGCUCAAAAACCAUCACUAGACCAAGAUUUAUGCGUUUCGGAAAAUAACACAGAAGAGACUGCCUGUCAAGAUAUUCUUGAAGAUAAUGCCACAAAUCAGAAUGAAUCGCUCCUUCAGCAGGAUGAUAAAAAUCAAAAUGAAUUAUAUAUUUCAUCUGAUGAUAUCUUGCCUAGAUCUUCAGGAGAAUCCUUAGCGGACACAAGUGCAUCUCCUGAUGCCAAUGUAAAUAAGUCACUUAUUGAAAUCGACGCAUCAAAUGCAACAACAAAAGGGGAAGACAAAAAGGAAAAGUCACAUGCCAAAGCCCAGCCCGCCGUAACAUCAGAAUUGUCAGAGGACACGAUAUCAUCAACUCGUGCAUCGGUCGGCGAAAACGAUAAGAUAGUACCGCAUCCGAUUGAAAAUACUAUUGUGCUAACAUCUCAACGUGAAAAUGACGAGAAGUUGAAUGCUUCUCUUGUACCUGAUGUUGACAAAGCUUUAGAAGAACAGCCGAUGGAAAAUGCGACUAAUAAGCCUGUUGAUGUACCAAAUAAGGAAACAGCUAUCAAAGAUUCGCCAGCCACAACCCAAGAAAAAGAAGACACUAUUGAUACCACAGAAGAUGAAAAUGCAACUCAUUUGAAAAAUGAUGAGGAAAUAACAGCUAUCGCAGAUUCCUCUGCUUCGACUCAAGACAUAGUAGAAACCCUGGACACGACGAAAGAUGAAAAUGCAACAAACGUUAAAUCAGAUGAUGUGCCGAGAAAGGAAACGCCAGCUAUCGCAGAUUCUACGGCCCCAACCCAAAACGAACAGGAAACUAUGCAUACGACAAUAGAUGAAAUUGCGACUAAUGGUAAAUCAAAUGAUGUGCCGAAUGAGGAAACAACAGAUAUCGAUGAUUCCACAGACAUGACCUUAGACAAAGAAGAAACCUUAAAUUCGACGAAAGAUAAAGACACGACUAAUUCAAACUCAGAUGAUUUGCCGAAAGAGGAAAUUCCAGCUAUUAAAGAUUCUUCAGCUUCAACCUUAGACAAAAAAGAAGCUCCUGAUACGCUUUUGGAUGAUUCAAUAGCAAAUCAGUCAGUUCGUCAAAGCCUAGAUGGCGUUUCAAAGGACAUAUCAUUUCAAAAUAAAGAUGAGAAUUCAGUUGCAUUAGAUACUCCAUUAACAACUGAAGAAAACGAAAAAGUGGACGCGAAAUCAAGUCCUAACGCAGAAUCGGCUGAAGCGCUAUUGACACACAAUGAUGUAAUGAUGGAUCUUGUAGAAAAAGAAGAAUACGAGGAUGAAAAGUCGCCAAGACCUAUUCCAGAGACCGUACUACAAACUGACGAGGCAAAUGUCAAUAUUGAACCUACAGCACGUGAAUCUUCAGCUAAGAAAAUCCAAAUUGAAGUUGAAGCUACAAGCACUAAAAAGUCGGCUAUGGGAGACGAAGACGAUAAAGUUUCAUUCACAAAAGAUACGGCCGAAGAACCUAAAAAACAACUUGAUGAAAUUAUUGAUUUGGAUGCCAACUGCUUGGCUGAAAAUGAUAUUGAACUUGUAGCAAAUAAAGAUGAAAGUGUAGUAAUGGAUAUUCAGCAAAAUGAAGAUGUAAGCGCCAAUAAACUAGAUGUUCAGGAUGCGUCUCAAACUGAUAAAAUGGAAGAUCAUCAAGGAAAUGAAAAAACACAAGUUGAGCAUUUGAAAACUAAGAAAACUAUUGAAACUGGAAAAGAACAGGCGAAUUCUAGUUCAUCCCAGGAUGAAAAUCAUGAAGUUGAAGUCGAGAAUAAACCUGUAAAAAUACCUACAGACGCUGCUCCAACUGAGAUAGAGGGAGUAAUUGAUUUGGAUGAUUCUACAAUCGACUCGAACUCUAUAACUGAUCCCAGCUCUUCUGAAAUUCAAUCUACCGAAGAAGCAGCUGUGAUUGAACUAGACGAUUCAACUGCAGAAUCUAGCUCUAUCGCCGAACCCAAAUGUUCCAUUGGAGAUGAUGGGGUAAUUGAACUAAACGAUUCCUCAACUGAUUCCAAUUCGAUGGCAGACCAACAAAGUGCAUACAAAAAAGCGGGAAUACGAACGCUUAAUCAACCACUAGAACAAGUAUCAGUUGAAAUCUCUGAAGAAAGCACUUCGACUUCUACCAUGGGAAAAGUAAAUGUUACGCCCACACACGAAACUAUCGAUCAGAAUACAACUGAUAAACAGAUAGGGCACAAUGUCGAACAGCAAUCAGUUUCUGAAUUGAAGCAAGCGGAAAUAGUGGCUGCUAAGGUACAGCCAGCGGAUAUAGGGGAUGUAGAAAAUUCAGAGAGUAAAAUAGAGGAGGAGCUCGCGAAGAAUCAACCUCAAAGUGAAUCUUCUGAGUUAGGAAACCCAACGCCCGAUUUGAAUGAAAAUCAGACCAAACAAAGCGAUCGUUUGUCCAAAGAUUUGUUUGCUGAUAUUAUGGAGAAUGACCAUGUUGAAGCUGCUGUUGUUAAUCAAGCAACGAUUACGGCAGAAUUAUUAAAUAUUAAGCCCCUGCAGACUGAAGGCUUGGAAAAACAUAUGAGAAAUACUUCGGAAGGUGUGGAAAAUGAAAUGCAACUGGACAAAGUGAUCGGAGUAGCAAAUGAAAAAGUUAAAGCAGACAACACCAAAGAGCAGGGGCGUACAUAUUCAUUAGAUAUUGCUGAAAAUUGUGAGCCUUUAGAAGAUAAACAGAAUGAUGAAGCAUCCGUGGAAGCUAUCGAAACUCAUACAGAAAACAAAUUGAAAUUACGUGGAAGAAAAUCAAUUGAUACAGAAGAAAUAAUUACAGAAACUGUUGCACAAAUAGAAAUUGUGGCUGAAGAACCAAGCCACCUUCAGCAACCAAAGCGUCGUGGCAGGAAAGCAACAGUGGAAAUCGAUGAAAAGAAAUUGGAAGAAACUAUUGCGAAAGAAACGGUCACUCAUGAAGAGAUACCUGAGCAGCGGUCUAAAUCAAAUCGGCGUGGAAGAAAACCAACAGUCGAGACGGAAGAAAAAGAUGCAGAGAAGACUGUACAGCAAAUUGAUAAUGAAAGUAAAAAACAAAAGUUGGCAGAGUCAAGUCAUCCCAUUAGAUCAACACGUCGUGGAAGAAAAUCAGUUGAUGCUGAGGAAAACAAACAUCAGGAUACAGUCGAAGAUGCUACUAUAAAACAUACCGAAGUUAAAUCUGAUGAACAAAAUGAACUAAACAAACCGAAGCGUCGGGCAAACAAAGAAGCAGUAAAAACUAUAGCGGUUGAGAAGAAAAUAGAAGAGUCAACUGCGGAAGAAACUGUUGAUGCUGAGGAUAAGCAGCCUAACAUAGUUCCAGAAGAAGAUAAUGAACAUAUAGAAACGAAGUCUGAGGAACAGAGCGAUCAACCUAAAUCGAAGCGUCGACCAAGAAAAGCAACGGUUGAUCAAACUGAAUCGACAGAGAAGAAACUCGAGGAAACAGUUGAUAAGAUUGUUGAUAAGCCUAAAUCAAAACGUGGAAGGAAACCUACACAUGAUGACAGUAAAGAACACGCAGAGGACAAAUCGGAAGAAGAAAAUGCGGCGAAAGCAAAAGACCUGCAUAAGCCUAGAACGAGACGCGGCCAAAAGGUAACGACAACAGAACUUGAAUCAAAGGAAACCCCGGAACAAGAGAAACUUGUUGAAGACACAAGUGAAUUGGACAGACCUAUUGUACAUGAUGAAACCCCCACUACGACUGUUGAAGAAAUGGCAGAGAAGACAUCAACAGACACUGAGAAGCCAAAGCGACGUGGACGUAAGCCAUCCGCUGAAGUUGUUGCCGUCGAAGUGUUUGAGCCCGUGAAGCCCAAUGAAGAGCCUAUCAAAGAGAAACCCAAGCGGCGAGGACGCAAAGCAUCUGCAGAGGAAACACAUGAACUGCCCGAGCGCAAAACGACGCGAAAUACUCGGAAGGCUUCUGCGGAAACUGUGGAGCAACACGAGCCAGCCAAGGAAGCCAUGGACAUUAUUGAAGAAGCUGAGGAACCAUUGUCGAAGAUUCUGCGCGUGGAAGAACCAGCUGCAUCAACAACGCCCAUAAUCCGAAGACGUGGUCGCCGCCAAUCUGUUAAUGCAGAGGAUGCUCCGCCACAAGACGUGGUUGUGGCAACCAGCUCGCGACGUGGACGCAAAGCCACAACUGAUACAGAGACGCCAGCUGAGCCUGCUGAGGUGAAGCCAAAACGACGCGGUCGCAAGCCGUCUGCCGAUGAAACUCACACGGACGACGCGGAGCCAGCUAAGAAACUAGCUAAACGUGGUCGCAAACCCAGCGCUGAAGUGGAGCAUCAUGACUCAGAUGCAACGGAACCUGCAGUGGAGAAGAAGACGGCCACGCGACGAGUCCGCAAGGCUUCAGUUCAAAUGGAUACACCUACAUUGGCGAAGAAAGCAACUGCACGACGUGGACGCAAAGCGUCCGUGGCUGAGGAACAACUGGAGGUGCCCAAGGACCUGCCGGAAUCGUCUGCAGUUGUUGUGGCUGCAUCAUCACCACGACCACAGCCACCUAGCUCAGAGGAUGAACUGACCCCGCGCCGUCGCGAAGGACGGAAUUUGCCGCGCAAAAAUUAUGAUGAAACAUCGGAUGAGGAUAAGCGGGGCUCCACGUCGUCGCCGCGUCGUGCACGUAAGCCAGCAGCUAGCAAAGCGGCCAGUAAAGCAGCUGGUGCCGUAACACCACCCGUAGCGAAGCCCACCACUCCAAUCCCAACCACCAAGCAGGAGACGAUUGUCGAGUCCACAGUGGAGCCUUUGGUACCCCAUACGCCGACUGGGCCGCCUGUUGUACUGCCAGAGCCAACUAGCUCUCAGCGACGUGAAGGGCGUAAUGUGCCGCGCAAGAACUAUAAUGAGACCUCGGAUGAUGACAAACCAGGCACCUCGCGUGCACGUCGGGUUCGACAGCCAACGGUCAAGGCCUUGGAGCUACUAGUCGAUACAGCAGCAGCUGCGCAACGUCCCAUAACGCCAAGGCGGCGCAAGGCCAAAGAUGACGGCGAUCAGCCGCCAGAGAAGAAACCCUUAACAGACCAAGGAACGCCUAUUACGGCUACCAAAUCGCGGGCUGGAGGUCGUCGUAAAGCUCCCGAUCCAGCUGAUGUAGCAGAGGUUGUCUCCGUUGCCCUGUCAACUGGCAAACGCGGUGCACGCAGCCGCAGGGACAGUGCCGCCAGUAAUCAGCACGAAGAACAGGUGGAACAGGAAUUGGCGCCUGAGCCGGAGGUGGAGCCUAAACAGACAACUAAGCGCAAUGCACGCGGCAAAGGUAAAGCUGCGGUAGCUGAAGAGGAGGCGACAGAUGAGCCGGUUACCAAAAAGCCGCGGGGCAAGACGCCGAUCUUGGUCACGCAUGUGGAAGUGGUACCAACAGAAGAAUCGACCGCCAAGCGAGCGCCUGCUUCGCGUGGCCGUGCCGCACGAACCGUAAAAGCCGUCGAGGAUAAUGUGGAUGGUGCGCCAGAGACGACGGCGCCAGCACGCGCCGGACGCGGUCGCAAGGUACACUUCGAGGCGACGGAGGAGGCAACGACUGCAGCGAGCGCAGCAGCGCAGGCAGAGGCGCCCACACGUUCGACACGGUCUCGCCGCAAAUAGAUUCCAUUACCUAAAUAUUUUAAAUUUUAAACUCUUUUUUUAUGUUUAUUGUUUAUGCCUCCUGUGUACAAAAAAGGUUUACAGCAUGGUAAUAUAUAUGUAACUACGUAUUGUUAAUUUUUAAGU